AAAUGAUAGCAUCUGUUUGUCUUCAACUCAGCUAAUUUGCACGAAACUCCAUCAAAGAAAAUCUUAUUUCCCUUUCAUUUUUAAACAAAAAAAAUGCCUCCUAAAAGAGGAAAGCCCAAAGCGGCCGCUACUACCGAAGUCAUAAGCACCUCACGCUUCAAAACAUUGAAGGUGAAUGAGCGGAUCUCGAUCAAAAACUUCGUGGAAAAACACAAGCUGAAAUUUGCAACUGGACGAGGAUUCUAUCAACUGACAAAGCCGGAGACGAUUCAGUUCCACAAAGAGAUUGUCGUGAGACGAAAAUCGGACGACACUAUGGCUUCUGGAGACGAGGUAAAAUUAAUUCAUUGCUUUGAAAUAACUUCAGGUACUGAUAUGAGUUGCAUCUUGGUAACGUUAUUGCGGCGUUAUUUUUAUCCAUUAACGAAGCAGAUGAAUCGAUUGAGCCAACGUUUAUCUUCCUUUUGCACCUAUAAAUAGGAUUUGAUCGCCGUUCUUUUUGUAUUAUCAGUUACAUAUUGCAGCAAAACAAAUUAGACCCGCUACCAAAAUCAGUUUUGUUUUCUGCUGGAAGUUAAUUUCUGAAAAUGGAAACAAAGUUAUAGUGCACAGCUGUUAAAAUUUCCAUAAACAACUGUUUAAUUCUUAAACGAGCCUUCGAUUUUAAAUUUAUGUUAGCAGUGCUUGGGAAUUGAUUACCAGCUUGAGUUUUGAACCAGUUUCAGGACAAACGUACUCUGAAACUUUCAACUUUUAAUGCUGACAAAACUUUGAUAGGUAUGAUCAACUUAGAUUAAGUUGAAUCUAUGCUCCGAGUACAAGUUAGAUAAGGUAUGUAAGAGAACAUUUUCAAAGGCUCAAAUGGAAUUAGAAACCUUUGAAAAAUUUAUGAGUGCCUAUUUAUUGCCAAAUUGGAAAUGAUCAUCAAAUUAAAUAUAUGCUUUGAUAAAGGUAUUAAACUAUUGAAGUUUUUCAUUCAUAUUUUUAGGUUCGUGAAUUACUUGGGAUUGGAAAUGAAACAGCAAAAUUUAAAUUAGACAAGGAUAAAUUGGAGGAUUUUGAUGUGUUUGUGCAGUCAACCUCAUACAACCGUGUCUUGAUGCCAGAUACAGAGUUCUUAUAUGACACAGGAGAAGGUGGAGUUGUCUCGUCAGAAGUGGAGGCAGCAAAACCAGCAGCAGCAAUUUCUGCAGAUGAUGCCAAGGAGAAACCCAGCACAAGCCGAGGAGUGGGCAGAGGAAAGCGCAAAAAAGCAGAAGAGGUGUCAAUUUUCAUCACUGCAUUUUGAUUAAAUAUAAAACUAUUGAAAUUUUCAUUAAGUUAUUAACCCUUUGAACCCUGAAUAACUAGCAUCUAAUUUCCCCUUAAAAUUUCACCCUUGAAUCACUCUGUAAGGUCUUGAGAAUAAUGGAAAUGAUCACCAACAAAGCUCUUGAUUGUUAAACAAAUUCUCCUCAAUUACACCUGAAGAAAUGUAUAGAAAACAGUAUGGAGAACGUGUAUACUGAUAUUAGGGUGUGAAGGGUAAAGUAUGGCUGUAAUAGCAUAAAAACAGGUUGCAGUUAGUCAUUGUGGUAAAUGCAUUUCUAAUGAUUGUUUCAUGUUAUCACUUCCCAUGCCAAUUGUGAUAUUUUAACUGGCGUGCACACUGGGAGUCUUCCUCAGGUGAUGAGGUUAACUGAAUAUAAUUGUGUAUUCUCAUGAACAAUCAUGUACAGCUCUGAUUGGCUUUUAUUUCACAGCUGUUAUUAGCCCAUUUUCAUUAAGUGCUCCCUCUGUGGUCCAUAGUUGCACAGCUCUUCCAGUCAGUUGUGGUUUUUUUUUCCAUAUCAGCAGCCCUCAUGCUUCUAAGAUUGCUAUUCCACUGUCCUUGUGGAUGUUGUCAGUGUGAAGUCUCAUGUGGGAUUGCCUUUCUUAUUUAGGCUUUAUCCAUAAAACUAAGCUUAGGAAUUUGGUGGCAGUGGGAAGCAAUUGCUCUCAGCAGUCAACCCAAUCCCUGCUUCCCUAGUGCUUGUAUAUGACUUAAUAAAGUGUAAAAAGAUCUUCAAAGAUUUUUCAGCCAUGAACCUUGAGUUAUUUUGCAUUUUUAGAAGCCAACAGUUGAGGUAAAGAAGGAAGAUAAAGCAUCAUCACCAGCUAAGAAAGCAAAACCAGCAGCAGCAAGUACAGCAUCAGGAGGAGCUGACGUCAAAGAAAUAGUAUUCUCAUUUGAUACCACAGGAUCAAUGUACCCCUGCCUCACUCAGGUGACAAAGAACUACUUGUCUAGAGAGCUGUGUCAUGUAAAAUUGUGGUUAAGUCCUAAAUAUUCAAACUUUGUACAAGGUACCAAAUUCUGGAAUCUCAUUGGCUAAGCUAAGCCAGUCAAUGGUUUGCAAUGUACAGUUUUUACUUGUUUUUGAUGCCUUUCCCUCCUAAACUAAUUUUUCUGAGAUCCAAAUUUUAGCUUUAUCUAAAUAUUACCUUAAGUUAACUUCUUUCUAAACUCCCCUAUCAUCUGUUCUUCAUUUUGUCCUUUUUUUUUAUUUUUGAAUUACUUUUAACCUUUUAACUCCUAAGAUCUGAUUGUUAAUUCUCACCUCUAGCUGCUACACAUUUCUUUUUAAUUUGGUUAUGAGAAUUCGGUGUUCAAUCAAGAUAAUGCCUUGAACCUGAUAAGUUUGAGUAAUCUCACUACCUUUUUGCAGAAUAAUGUAUGAAUACUAUUGGGAGAAGUUACAUGUUAAUCACUUCUGGGAGUUCAAGGUUUAAAUUGUACAACUGGCAAACACAUUCUUUUGCUCCAAUUCAUUCUUAACAGUCUCUAAUGCUAAAAAAUUGAGAAAAGAAUUUCAGUCAUACAAAAAAACCAAGAAACUGAAAAAUACCCUUGACACUACCUUAUAUUCCUUGUUUACAAUUUUAUUUUUAUAAAGGUUCUUGAAUAAAUAAGGCACGUUAGUCCAGGCAGUGAUUCCCAAGUUGCUGAAAAAUUUGUUGGAUGUCAAAUUUUUGUUUUCUGGAUAUUUACAUGGUGGAGGUUUCAUAUGCUUUCCAGGGUACUUGAAGAAGAGGAAUCCCUGGAAUCAAACUUAAUGCAAUAGCCAGCCAUAAAAAUGUUCUCAACAUACAAUACUAAUUGAUUCACAAGAGAGACCUCUAUACCGACCACAUUAUGAUUUAAAGCUGGAAUGGAAAAUUGCUCAAACAGUCAUGCCAGAACAAAGCUUUAUAUUACCAAACUUUUAAUAAAGAUGAUACUACUUCCUAUUUGCUCUGCCAAUAAUUUAACUUCCAAAACUUAUUUAUUGGGUUUUCCAGGUCAGAAAGAGGGUUGAAGAAACAGUCACUCGCCUCUUCAGAGAAAUUCCUGGUAUUCGCAUCGCAGUGUUUGCUCAUGGCGACUAUCAAGAUAAAGAAUCAACUUAUGAUACAAAAUGGGUAGACUUCAGUACAGACAAAAAGAAAAUAUGUAACUUUAUCAAGAAUGUAUCAUCAACAUGUGGAUAUGAUUCAGAUGAAUGCUAUGAACUUGUUCUUAGACAGGUGAGUGACAUUUUUUUGGCAAAGAUGGUUUUUGUAGUUGGUCAACAGGUUUUUACUUUUUUUUUUCAAUUAAAUAUAUAUAAUUGGAACAUUUAAAGGAAAAUGAAAUAAUGGCAAUUGUCUUCUUUGCUACACCAAUCAAAUCCUUUCACCAGUUUUCAUCUAUGUCAGUCGUUUUGAAUGUGACAGAUUAGGAGAAGGGGGGGUGGGGCAGUUGCAAAAUAGUGGUAAGCAUAAAUGUGAUUUUCAGAUUGGGAAUUUAUCUUACCAUCUGGACACGUCCUCAAGCACCUGGUAUGAGUGAAUUUAAGGGGGGUGGACACAGGAGAAGAGUGGCAUGAGGAUAAAUAAAAGGAGCGUCUUACUUUUAAGUUGUGGCCACACAACUUUUAGAACCUGUCAUGCAGGUUGCUUACCUCCUCCUAUCUAAUCUAACCAGUAAAACAAUUUUUAAGAAACAUAUUCACAGACCAUCCAUUUCAAUCUACUUCAAUCGUCGGGCAGAGCGCAGUAAACUAACAAGCGUGAACGGAACGCAGAGGGGUGGGGGUCCUGCUUUGUGGGAGCUCUCGCAAGCUCAAGCGAAUUGAACCAAAAAAAGUUAACAAACAAACAGUCAAAUAGUAAAAAAAGAAAUUGAAAUCCAGCAUGCCCUGUAACCUCGGCUCGUUGGAUGCGCAAAGAAAGAUUAAAUCGGACUUCUUAGCUGCAGGAGCUUGUCUUGUUUUCUGUAACAAGAAGAGUCCUGGAAUAGUGUUACUUCUCUUGCAAUGAAUUUAAAGUCUACUUCAGGUAACCCUCGGCAUCUCGCUAGGGCUCCAUGAUACACGAGGCCUAAACCAAACCGCUGUUUAUGCAAGCAGUGAGCCUCAGGCUUUCUCUAUAAGAGGGUAGAUGUAAUUAAAUAAAUAUCCUUCCACAGUUAGCUUUCGGCUCUAUUGACAAUGUUCACGAAAAGAACUGUUCAGAUGAAAGAUUCGGCUAAAUUGAAGGCAGCUUAGAACGCGGUUUAGUUAAACAACGGCUAAGCUCUGUUUAAAUAACCGGCUCUUUAACUCCUAUGAGUGACCAAGACAGAAUUUCUCCUUACAAUAUCAAUAUCUCCGAUACAAUAUCAAGCAGACAAGCGAUGGGUUCAAAGAAAUAUAUCAAUUAGGGGAUUAUUAGUUGAUGCAACACCAAAUUCUCCAAACUAACAUUAUACGAAUUGUAUGGCAGACAGUAAGGAGAAUUACUGAUGAGAUCUUGGGAGUGUAAGGGUGAACUCUGUGUUAAGACUUAGUCCUUUGGAGUUUGGUCCUGAUAACUUUUGCUGACGUCUUCCAAAAUUCGCGAACUUUAAUGCAAAUCUGUGGUUGACGGCUUAAAGCAUAGGUUACCUCUGUAUCAUUUCCCAGUCUUUUUUAUUCCAUUAAAAUCAAACUCACUUCAUACGAUGUAAAUCUGGUAUAAAAUGUGAGAUCAUAGAAUUAAAAGCUGUCAAACAAUGCAGUUAUGAAUGUUCAGAAAGGAAUUAAUGUACUAAGUCAAAUGCGUUCAGUCUUACUCUUGUAUUUAAAAAAAUUUCUGGCCAAAAAAAGUUUCCUUUUCCCUUUCCUACUGUUGCGUGUGGUUCUUAUGGAGUGUUUUUGUUCUUAUCUAAGGUUCGUGAAGAGCUGUCCUGGACACCAGACUCCCAACGUUCGUUAGUGAUAAUAGGCGACGCCUCACCCCAUCCCCCUUCGUACCACUUGAACACACUGAAAAUUGACUGGAAGGAGGAAGCUAAGAAACUCUACAAUGAGAUGAGCGUGCGGAUUUACUCGGUCCAGUGUCUUAACUACGGUGGCUCUGACACCUUCUAUCGUAAAAUCGCUGAGUUUACCUGUGGUUGGCACUUGAAGCUAGAUCAAUUCGCUUCCAUCGUCGAUUUCCUAACGGCCAUUUGCUAUCGAGAACAGGGAGUGGAGCAACUGGAAGCUUAUGAGGCAGAGGUCAAGUCAAGGUCAAAGGGCUCUGGGUUGAAUCGUAACUUGCAUGCCUUGUUUGACACUCUAGCCGGUAGGAGCACCAGUACCUACACCGGUGGAAGUGAUCACGAGGGACUGGAACCGGUCAAUCCGUCUCGAUUUCAGGUAAAUGACAUCACGGUGCGUUACAUAUGAAAGAACAGGAUAUCUAAGAUAGGACGCGCGCUCUCAUUGGUCGAUUGGUGUUUUAGAUAGAAAUUUAUAGGGUAUUUAAGAAAGUGCGCACUCUCUAAUUGGUCGAAUGAGUCCCAAAACUCUUUCAUGCCCGUGAACACAAACUAGUUUAUUUUACUAUGUCUGUUGGUUCAAGAAGAGGGGGAAGAUUUCAAUUCAACAAACUUUUGAAUGUAGCGAACAGUACAUUGUAACACGUCCCUCUAAACUGAUCAAUUGUAACGCUGAAGUGGCUCAGACAGCUCACUUCAUACGUUUUUCAUCGCCAGAUCCUGGAAGUCGACGAACGCGGCGACAUUCGCUCUUUCGUCGAGAAGAACGACCUUCCCUUCAAAACAGGACGUGGGUUUUACGAGUUCACGAAGCCAGAAAAAAUUUCGGACAAGAAGGAAGUCGUUUUGGUGGACAAGGCCUCCGGGGACAUGUUUACUGGACCUGAAGCAUGCGCAAUGAUCGGAGCGGGAGGGGCAAGCAAAAUCAAGCCCACGUCGUUUGACAAAUGGCGGGUUUUUGUGCAGAGUACCUCGUACAACAGGGUUCUGAUGCCUGGUACUGGGUUCUUGUACGAAGUGGACACAGAUCGCUGAUCCCUCUGAUUGACAGUUUAGCACAAAGGUUUUCUCAUGAGAUUGUAAAUGGUUCCUUUUGACCCAGAAAGUGGGUGGAAAAUGGAAUGAAACUUUAGAGUAACACUUUUCUGUACUGAGGAAACAUAAAACAAACAAACAAACAAAAUCAAAACCAAAACCAAAACCAAAACCAAAACUAUCAAGAAAUCAAAAAGUAAAAAAACAUAGAUUCAACCUACAAGUAGGCACGAGAUGUAUCAGUCACUCAUUCAAAAUUGAAAGAAAUUUUUUAUCACUUUAGAAGUUUAAGACCGAUGGUACUAUUUUUUUCAACAGACACACGAAGGUCGAUGUCAUUGAAUACGUUUAACCGAUCACUUUUUUAAAAAAUUUAAGGAUUUAAAACUGAUAAACUUUUAGGUAAGUAACGUGUCGGUUUUUUUAGUUUUUUUUUUAGAGUUUUACUUGAGAGUACCUCUCGACAAGGGUUAUAAAAAAGUGUAAGUAACUACAGGAGGUUGUCAGGACAAAGGUAGCGAGAGACUGGCGAGAACUUUUCAGAACAAACAGAUUAAAAGAAAGCAAGGCCAAAGAAAUCUCAGAUUGCGAUAAGCAUUCAAUUGAACAACGCUCUGAAAUGCGCACACAUUUUUAGUCGGAGUAAUCGAUCUGAACUGGUACUUGAUUUGCUGAAAAUUUACUUCAGUAUUAUUGACUUUUACUGAGAAAGGUUGUCAAUAUACUUUUGGUUUAAGGGGUUGGGAUUAAUUUUGUGGAAGCUUAUUGAAAAUUUUGUGUCUACUAAGGGGACUAGGGUUGACGCACAUUAACUCAAACUUUCAAGGUUAAUCAAAAAGUGAUACAUUUGUCAAGGUGAAAACUGACACUCAAAUUACUAGAAUGGAAAUUAAUAAAACACUUGGGUUUAUUGAGAGUUGGAGUCUUAAAAAGCCAACUGUAUGUAUUAACUAAGUGGAUAGAAACUUUGCACUUUAAACCUUAGAUUUUCUUAAGCGUACUAUUUCACACGCUCAGAAGGGCGUGGCCUUGAAUUGUAUGCGGAAAAACUUUUUACUUUAGCAAAGUGUCACUAAAACAACUCAAAAAAGGUCAAUAUAACGGGUUCCUAUCAAUUAAAAUUUGCGUGGUUAUUUAC